CGUCAUCAUCACGCGACUAGCUACAGCGUUAGCUCAUCAACAGUUGGGAACCUAUUUUCAUUCAACAGUACGGCUGUAAAUUAGUCCAUUUCCUCUCGUCAGUCAUGGCUACAGAAGGUGUGGAAAAGACGAGUGAAGAUACCCCAGUUCCUGGGAAGUUAAGCAAUAGGUUUGACCUGGAGAAGGAGACUGAACUCAGGUUUGAGGUGGAGGCAGGGGAGGCAGCAGAGCAAGUUGAGCUGGAGCUCCUCUCAGGAAUGGCUGAGGUGUUUGGCUCAGAGCUGAACCGCAACAAGAAGUACACAUUUGGACCAGGCUCCAAGAUCGCAGUUUUCACCUGGCAAGGCUGCAGUGUGAAUCUUUAUGGGAAGCCAGAGGUGGCUUAUGUGUCCAAGGACACUCCCAUGCUGCUCUACCUGAACACACAUGCUGCCCUGGAACAGAUGAGAAAACAAGCAGAGCGGGACAAUGAAAGAGGACCAAGGGUGAUGGUGGUGGGACCUACAGAUGUGGGGAAGUCAACAGUGUGCCGGCUGCUUUUAAGCUAUGCUGUAAGGGUGGGCCGGAGGCCAACACUUGUGGAACUGGAUGUUGGACAGAGUGGGGUGUCUGUACCUGGGACAGUAUCAGCACUGUGCAUUGAGCGCCCAGCAGAUGUGGAGGAGGGUUUCUCAGUCCAGGCUCCUUUGGUUUACCACUUUGGCUCUACUACCCCGGGGACCAACAUCAAACUUUACAACAAGCUGACAUCAUGCCUGGCAGAGGUGUUUUCCCAGCGCUGUGAGGUGAACAGGAAGGCUAGCGUGGGAGGCUGUAUCAUCAACACCUGCGGCUGGGUGAAGGGCUCUGGAUACCAGGCUCUGGUCCACUGUGCCUCUGCCUUUGAGGUGGAUGUGGUGCUGGUGCUGGACCACGAGAGGCUCUACAAUGAACUCAAACGAGACCUCCCUCACUUUGUACGGGUUGUGCUCCUACCAAAGUCCGGAGGCGUGGUGGAGCGCUCCAAGGAGUGCAGGCGGGAUGCUCGGGAUGAGAAGAUCCGUGAGUAUUUCUACGGCUUCCGUGGAGUGACCUUCUACCCCUUUUCCUAUGAAGUGCGAUUCUCGGAUGUCCGCAUCUACAAGAUCGGAGCACCAUCCAUCCCGGACUCGUGCUUGCCACUUGGAAUGUCUCAGGAUGACACACAGUUAAAGCUGGUGCCUGUGACACCAGGGAGAGACCUCACGUAUCACGUGUUGAGUGUAAGCAGUGCCGAGGACGGAGAGGAAGGUGCUAGAAAAGGAAUAGUUGAGAGCCCUGUGUGUGGGUUUAUUGUAGUGACGAAUGUGGACACACAAGCACAGGUGAUGAAAGUGCUGUCCCCAGCACCUAGACCACUGCCCAGACACACUCUGCUUAUUAUGGACAUCCGCUUCAUGGACAUGAAAUGAAAAACCACUUCAGGCAAGAGGACUCUGUUGCAAAAGAAGUGGGGUGUGUUUUGGGGAAGAGUUCUGUUGAAGAUUUUUUUUUCCUAAUUGUCUCUGUGCUUUGUGAGGACUACAGAGGGCAAAAGAAAAAAAGAUUUAAGUACGGACUUUUGUAGCUGCUGUAAAUUAUAUCCCGUUUUGUAGACCACACUGUACAGAUGUUUGGGUAAUUUGUGGCAAGGGAUGUUUUUACCAGUUCAGGAAUUAUUUU